CUGUGGAUUUAUCAGAGUCUGUUGGAGCUGUCUUGCACCAAACCCGGAUGUGGGGCUAAGUGAUAAAUAUUGAUUAUUUCCCCCAUCUCGUUACCGUGGGCGGUGCGGGGCUCAGUUCAGCACCACAACGAGAGACAGCUCCGCAGGAAAGCUUGUCACGCUAGGGGCUGCCUUCCCUUCUGCGUAGGCGAAUGCACAUAGCGUGGCACCCUUUCCUUGAGAUUAGGAACACCUGACAGAGAUUUUGACGUUAUCGUGGAAGAUUUCCUGGGACAGCCAAGGCGUGCACCUCUCUGUGCUGGAUAGCGAUGGCGGAGUGCGGGCGAAAGGCGCUGUCCCUGCUGGAGGCGGCCCGUUCUCGGUAUGAGAGCUUACAGAUUUCCGACGAUGUUUUUGGAGAGUCGGGAGAUGACAGUAGCGAGAACCCAUUUUACAGCACCUCAGCCGAUUCGAACUCCGAGAACUACACGUCGGAAAGCUACAGCGAUGAACAGCGGGCUGGAGACUUCAGCAGUAACCAGCCCGGCUGCCCGACCGGUUCGAUGUCAAACUGCCAGGCGGAAGAUGAAGGCUGGAGCGACAACUUGCGAGAAAUUACUGUUCGUCCUUACAGUGAAACCAGCGGACCAUGCCAAAAAAUGCCAGCUACUGCAAGUGCCAUUGAUUUUUUUCAACUGUUUGUUCCAGACAAUGUCAUACAGAAUAUGGUUACUCAAACAAACAUGUAUGCAAAGAAAUACCAGGAGAGGUUUGGAAAAGACGAAGGCUGGAGCAAUGUCACAUUGUCAGAAAUGAAAGCGUUUCUAGGCUAUGUUACAUCCACAAGUAUUCACCACUGCGAGUCUGUGCUCAGCAUUUGGAGUAGUGGAUUUUAUAGCAACAAGAGCAUAGCAUUAAUCAUGACCCAAAGCAGAUUUGAAAAGAUCCUGAAAUACUUCCAUAUUGUUGCAUUCCGAUCCAGCCAGACGACCCAUGGGCUUUAUAAGAUUCAACCAUUUUUGGAUUCACUUCAGCAGUCUUUUGAAUCCACAUUUAGGCCUUCACAAACCCAGGUGCUACAUGAACCAUUGAUUGAUGAGGAUCCAGUUUUCAUUACAACAUGUACAGAGCGAGAAUUGAGGAAAAGGAAAAAGAGGAAAUUUAGUCUGUGGGUACGGCAGUGCACGGCGACAGGCUUUAUUUGUCAGAUUUACGUGCACCUGAAAGAGGGAACCAACAUUGAUGCAGUUGAUGCAUUAAAGAACAAACCUCAGCUUCACAGCUUUGUAGCAAAACAGCUUUGCCAGAGCAUUUCUGGAAAGAAUGCUGUCAUAUUUACGGGUCCCAGUAUCACCAGCCUCAACUUGUUUGAAGAGUUUGAGAAGCAAGAAAUAUACUGCUGUGGAUUGCUCAGUACUAGAAAAAGUGACUGCACAGGCCUCCCUCCAUCAAUGUUAACCAACCCUGAUGUGCCACAAGUGAGAGGGCAAUACAAGACUAAAAUGAAAGGGAGCAUGUCCCUAAUUUGUUGGUAUAACAAAGGUUAUUUUCGUUUUCUCACCAAUGCCUAUUCUCCAAAAAAACAAGGAGUUAUCAUCAAGAGAAAAAGUGGAGAGAUUCCCUGCCCUCUUGCCGUUGAAGCCUUUGCAGCACAUCUCAGUUAUAUCUGCAAGUACGAUGAUAAAUACAGCAAAUAUUUCAUUUUCCACAAACCGAACAAGACUUGGCAACAGGUAUUCUGGUUGACAAUAAGCAUAGCUAUUAAUAAUGCCUACAUCUUGUAUAAGAUGUCAGAUGCCUACCAUGUGAAGCGUUACAGCAGAGCCCAGUUCGGUGAACGACUAGUAAGAGAACUUCUUGGCCUGGAGGACUGCUCUCCCACUCAGUGAAGAGCUGCUAGGAACUUAAAGGAUUUGUUUAUGAGAUUACUAGAUUUCUUUAAAAGCUCUGGAAAACUGUAUAUAACUUGAAGGUUGGCACUACACGGACCAAAAUUAAGGUGUUCUAAGUAAAGAAUGCAGUUCUUCCAAGUGUGAUAACAUUUCUAUUAAGCUGGAUGCAAGACAAGUACUGUACUUUGCCCUGUCCACUCAACACAAAUAUAGUCUACUGUAUGUCUUGUUGCAUGGCAAAAAGAAAAUUCUAGAAAUAUCCUAUUUUUUAUAUGCUUUUUUAAAAAUACUUUACUUUUCUCUGUUAUUAUUUGUCCUAAACAUAGGCAAGACUUUUGUUUCCUGUAAUUUCUCAUAAUAAAAGAUAAAAUUAGUACAGUUUAAGACGUUCUCAGACCUGGUCUCGGUGAGUACCUGUCCAGAAAAGCCCAUAAUGGUCAUCCUAAAUGAAGUGGUUAUUCAUUGUUUAGGCUAGCAGCACACUCAAAGAAGAAUAUUUAAAUAUCUUUUUAUCAAGUGGAAAAUAAGUUUUCACCUCUAGUUAAGCACACCAUUUAAAAUAUCAUAUAAAAUUAUAAAAAUAUCUAAUUGUAUCUAUAAGAGGGUGCUCACUCUCUGGACAUUCAGUUCAUUUAACUAGUAAUCAGAUAAAAAGAAAGUAAAACGCUAUACAAUUGUCCAUUGGCCUAGUUUCAAUGCUGAAGGAAAGUAUAACACUAGGAAAAAACUUUUACUGUUCAUGGUUAAUCAAUAAGUAAAGCUGAAAGGAGAUCAUGGAGAAACAGCAGAACUCAGUAGGCUCCAGGUAAGACAAGAGUUAGGGCAUUUUCUUUGUAAAGUACUUCUUUUCUGUCUUUUGUGCGCUGGCACAUUUUCCACUUUUUUAGGAUUGUCUUACGCUCUGUUUUAUAGUUUUCAGAGAUCUUUAAGACUGAUUCAGCCAGUCAGAUACAGACACACUUUAAAAUUAACUUACAUGAUUUUUUUUUUCCUAUUAGAAAGAGUAUCCAAUCUCUCAUCUCAUAUAACUUAAAAAGCAAAUCAAAAGUUACAAAGAGAUUUGAGCAUGGAAGAGAUACUAUAUAAAUAAAAUGCAUUCCCCAGAGAUGUUCAGAUUAGGUGAAGUGGCAACUGUUCAUUGCUCCCGUGUGAAUGUGAAAAAAGGUGUGUGUGAGUGAGUACAGCAAUGGAUUGUCUUGUGCCCGAUGAGAUCCUGCAUUCCUGAAUUGGAUUAUGCAGGUUUAAGAAUAUUAUGAGAAUGUUAAUAACACAUCACACACGGUCCAUUUAUAUAAAAUGGCUAUGUUCACAAACUUUAGUUAUGCACUAAACAAAGAAGCUGCCAGAAAAAGUUACAAGAUAAUAACAUUGCAUCAAAAACAUGGACUACUAUCUUAAUUAAUGACGGAAAACGUUUUUGUUUAGUUUGGUGCAGGGUCAUGGUGGGUUAGAGCCUGUUCUAGCAGCACUGGGCACAAGGGUAAAACUCUGUUUUGGGCUUGAGAGUGUCAUACUAUCACACACCCACACUCAUUAAGGUGGAGUGAAUUUAGAAUUGCCAAAUCAAACUAACCACAACACAACAAAUCAUAGCUGUCACAGAAGACUUUGAGGAAACAAGCAGGGAACCCCUACAGGUAGUGACUGGGUUGGGAGCCAAUCCCUAGACUCUGGAGCUGUGAUGUAGUAACACAACUGUUAGUCUCCAUGAUACCCCAAAAGAACAAAUCCCGUCUUGAAGGACAACUAAUAUAAUGUGAAAAACAGAAGGCAUAGAUAUGAGCAUCUAUAUUUAAACAAUAGUCUUCUGUCAGUCCAAUAUGGGUCUACAGUAGGUGCUGUAUUCCUGGGUUGCCUGCCCUUUACUUUCAGGCCUGAGGACAGCGCCUUCCCCAUUGUUCAGCUCUUGCUCAUGUCCACAUUCCUGGAGCAUUGACUAAAGUCGGGACCCUUUCUCUAUAGGCAUGAACUGCUCAGGUCAGGGAGGAUGUCACAUUUGCCCGACUUAAUUCCUGUUUCUCUCGCUGCUGUGGCAUCACUCACUGGUUCUAUCCUGAUUCCUUUAGUAGGCUACUCUUUGACACUAUAUACCGUUCAAUAUAAAAUAAUUUAAGACAUUAAAUAGAAUAGAAUAAUCUAGUCACCUACAGCCCUGAAGCAGAUUAAGGAGAAUUAAUAAUAAAUAAAUAAACUAACUUACUCAGCACAAUAUUCUAUGCAAAUCUUACAUGAAAUAAAUACUAAUAUAUGAGAAAAAAUAUUUUUUCCACCGACAGAUGUUUGCUCAGUUUGUGUUUUUAACUUUAAAUGGCUGAAUAUGUGCUGAUGAUGUGUUUGCUCAUUACUGUUUGUAACUGAUUGGUUCCCUUGUUUCCUGAAAAGGAUUGGAAUUGCAAGAGGGGUUUUUCCAUAUUUUUACAGAGAUCUGAUUGUUGUUAUCUAUAAUGGAUGUUUACAAAUGGUUAAUUAAUUUCUAGGUGAUGAUCAACCUAGAGAACUUAUAAUGUAUUAAGCCCAUGAAGUACUGUAUAUAUAGAGAGAAGGUGGCUCUUAAUGCGAGUGACAACUGAGUGUCACUGUAGUCCUUUUAUAUAGUGGCUAAGACUGACAGAUGUACUUAAUGUCACAAUCAUCAAACAUUUAAUGCAAAUCAGAACCAAAUGAUACAAUAAAAUGGAUGCGUUCUUCAGCAUAAUUUAAUUUAAUUUAGAAGUAAAUUAAGAUAAAAGUUGAGCCAACGGUAUAAAUUGCUAUUGGGUAAAAAGAUGUCUCAUUAAUGGCAAAAAUUUGUAUAAAUAAAGUAACAAGUCUUGUUCUUAAAAUAUGAAAGGCAUAGUUGCUUAGCAUUUUAUUGAAUAUUGUACAUAUUAUCAGAAAUUGUAUAUUAAUAUUAGGCCAUGCACUUUUUCACUUCAGUGUUCUUUAGUGUGAUACUUAACUAUUUGUAAAGAAUAUAUUGUCCAAUACAAGGCAUGUUUAAAUGUCAAAGCUAUUGUGUCAAAGUUAUAAUUUGCCUAUAAACUGAAAGCAUCCACUGAAAACACUGAAUUUCUCAUAGUUUAAAGAUGCACACAGCCUUUAGAAGCAGGAGGUGACCUACAUUUUCUGAAUGUGUGUUUUCCCAGGCCAGGAAUGAGAAAUGUAAUAUUCUUGAAAGAAAUUCACCAAUUGUACACAAGUGUUUAUUAGGUGGUAUGAGCUGUGAAAUACAGCAGUGGUACUGAGUACAGCCAAUCAUUUCAUACACAGAAGAUUCAUUUGCAUCAACAGAAGUCAGAUGUGACUAAUAUGCUUUCCUUUAUCAGAGUCAAGUGAUUUAAAGAUAAUCUUAAUUGUGUAUGGCAGGGAAUUAUUCCUGCUCCAGAACAUUUCCUUCACAUUUCCAAAAGCUGUAUCAUCAAAUUGUUAAAACAUGUAGCACACAGAAAAAAAAUAUUGUAUGAUAUGUUAACAGCUAAUGCAGUAAGAAAAUCAGUAUGCCUCACUUGCAAAAUUCUUUAUGAAAUGUAUCACUUUGCUGCCUUUGACUGUGUAAACUGGGACUGCUGUUUGUUUGUAAACAUAUUUUAAAUGCAUAAUUUACAAAUUUUUAAAUGCAAAAUAUUACAAGAAAUGUAAGCAUAUUGCUGUCUUGGACCCCAAAUCUGAUUUCUGCCUGGGGUGCCUUAUGUGUGGAGAUUGCAUGUUCUUCCUGUAUUCAUGUCCGUUUCCUCUGGGCAACUCUGGCUUCCUCCCACAGUCCAUAGAUAUGCUGUUAAUUUACCUGAAAGCUCUAAAAUGACAGGGUAAGAAAAAACUAAUAUGCCAUAUGAUCUAUUAGCAUACCGUCCAGGGCAGAGCUAGUUCUUACAACAAUUGCUGCCUACCUUUAUCAUGUCAUGUCAUUUUUCUAACCCACUUAAUCCAGCCCAGGGUUACUUUGGCUGGGGUGGGGCUGGAGCCUAUCCCAGCUAGCAUAGGGUGCAAGUGCCUGCCUUUGUUCAAAAACAAACUUCUGACAUACUAUAAAAACUUUAAUUAGAAGGUAUUCUAUUUAUGUGGCAAAACAGUGAAUCAUUGGCAUGAAUAGUGGUAGAAGGGUAUAUUAUUUUAUUAUACUAGCUGUCCUAUCCAUUAAAGACAUGUUGAAAUCUAACUAAUCAACAUACACCUCAGCAUUAAUGUUUGUAGUAUACCAUGCAAUACAUACUGUAUGUCUCUGUUAUAUGCCAUUUGAUAUGUGGUUCGUAAAGCCAGUGUUAUUGUUUAGGAUGCAAUUUUUGGAAUGAUAGAGACAUAGCAAUUGGACAGAUACAGGGACAGAGACACAGACAUUUAUCAUUAUAUUAUAUUAUAUUAUAUUAUAUUAUAUUAUAUUAUAUUAUAUUAUAUUAUAUUGCAGUGCAAUGCUUAUUAGCACUGCUGCAUUACAAAUCUGGUAGCUUGGGUUAGACUUCUGCACCUAGUUUUUGUCCAUGUGGAGAUUCCACAUUCUCCCUUUGUCUGCAUGAGUUCCCACAGGUACUCUGGUUUUCCUCUCACAUCCCCAAAGAUUUAAGGUAAUUGGAGACUCACAAUUGGCCAUUGAAUAUGUGUGUGUGUGUGUGUGUGUGUGUGUGUGUGUGUGUGUGUGUGCGUGUGUGUGUGUGUGUGUGUGUGUGCGUGCGUGUGUGUGUGUGUGUAAGGGGAUGUCCUGGAAUGGAGUAAAACCCUGUCUGCGGCUAUUUCAGUUGUGCAUCUGGUGCUGCCUGGAUAUUCUUUGGCCUCCAACCACAUUGAAAUAGAUUAUACAGGUUAGAGAAUAUUGAUAUACAGUAUAUGGAAAUAUUAUAUGACUGUAUUGUAUAUGGUGAUAUAUGCACAUACAUGCAUACACACAAGUGGAUGUAUAUGUGUGUAUGUAUAUAAUAUAGAUAGGGUAUAAUCAGAAAUAAAAUGUAUUGCAUACUUUGAAGCAUCAGUUAUGCAUAAUGCUUCAUUCACAUGCUAUGGAAAUUUCCAGGGUACCAUUUUUAUAAUGUCACAUCUUAGCAGUUUGUUCUGUUCCUGUGCACCUCCAUACAGAGCUUUGGGAGAAAUACUAAGAUUGAUUUUCAUUUUCUGCUUAAACCAUACAGAAAGUAAUGAAAAGAUAGUUCUGAUUUUUUGUGAAUGUAAAAAUCAAAGAUGCACAAUAAGCCUGUAUGAUCACAACUGCAUUGUGAUAGCAAAAUGCUAUUUCUGGAUGAGCUGACUGUUAUUUUGUACUUUAUGUAAUGAAAUAGUGUAAGAGAUAUGUGUGACAUCAUUUUAUUGCAAAUUUGGAUACCAACGUUGUCUCCGGAUUCUACCACUGGUAGCUGCCACCAGGAAAGAAGAUCAUGUAGAAUUUCUCAGUACAUAGCAAUUACAUUCAGCAUAAGAUGCACAAUGUCAUUUAACAAAAGAUGGGCUAGCUCUGCUAGUAGAACAUUGAGGAAAUAAUCAUGUACUGCGGACAAGAAGAAGAUGGCUGUGAGUAUAUGUCAUGGAAUUUUGGAGGUGACAUUAUGGGAAAAGAAAAAACAUUAAGUUUAGGAAAAAAACUCUAACAGCAUAUCCUAAGAUUUUGAAAGAUCUCUUAACACACUCAUGUAAUUCUUUCUUCUUUUCAAGCAGUAUUAGGUCUUCCUAGAUGGGAAUUGUCUGCUGAUCCACAAUUCUUUUCAGCACUUGUUUCAAAAGUAUAUUUUCAUCACAUAUGCUUCUUGGAGUCUGGUCAAAUUUUCAGCUGAAUAUUGUAAUGAAUUUUUGCAUACAAUUUAAUGUUCAUUCACUGUUCAUUAUAAGCCACCCCCAUUAUCCCUAUAUACACUUGACAGGCUUCUUCUCAACUGCUGUGCACUUUUGUUCUUCCUCAUGUUUUGCCAGCCAAGACAGACUUCCAUCCAUCCAUCCAUUUUCCAACCCGCUGAAUCCGAACACAGGGUCACGGGGGUCUGCUGGAGCCAAUCCCAGCCAACACAGGGCACAAGGCAGGGAACCAAUCCUGGGCAGGGUGCCAACUCACCGCAGGACACACACAAACACACCCACACACUAGGGCCAAUUUAGAAUCGCCAAUCCACCUAACCUGCAUGUCUUUGGACUGUGGGAGGAAACCGGAGCGCCCGGAGGAAACCCACGCAGACACGGGGAGAACAUGCAAACUCCACACAGGGAGGACCCGGGAAUCGAACCCAGGUCCCCAGAUGUCCCAACUGUGAGGCAGCAGCGCUACCCACUGCGCCACCGUGCCGCCCAAGACAGACUUUCUUCUAAUAAAUAAUGAUGUCCUUCUUAUUUCUGAUAUGAACAGUAUAUUGCCAAAAUGUAUGCUGUUUAGACAUCACCAACAUCCUGGGGCCACUAGAAUUUUGUCAUUUGUUGUCUUUGCUUCAUAGUAUGAAAUGUUUGAUUAAUUUUUGACUUACCUCAUAUAUAUUCAGCAAUUCUGCUAUGCAUAUAAUAAUAAUAUUGAUAUAAGUAAAACAUAGGCCUCCUCAUGAGCCUGUACCUAUGCCAGUUGGUCCCCCGUCACUGCCAUAUUUAUGCACACAUAUAUUAAUUCUUCUUAUACCUUUACUUAUUCAACUCUUUUGAGACAUAAUUAGUUCUUUCUUUACUAAAAAUUCAAAUGUAUUAUUUAAAAAAAUCAAAAUGAUGGUUAAGGUCUCAUUUUAAAGACAACAAAUGCCUAUUAAUUCAUCCAUCCAUCCAUUUUCCAAUCUGCUGAAUCCGAACACAGGGUCACGGGGGUCUGCUGGAGCCAAUCCCAGCCAACACAGGGCACAAGGCAGGAACCAAUCCCGGGCAGGGUGCCAACUCACCGCAGGACACACACAAACACACCCACACACUAGGGCCAAUUUAGAAUCACCAGUCCACCUAACCUGCAUGUCUUUGGACUGUGGGAGGAAACCGGAGCGCCCGGAGGAAACCCACGCAGACACAGGGAGAACAUGCAAGCUCCACGCAGGGAGGACCCGGGAAGCGAACCCAGGUCCCCAGAUCUCCCAACUGCGAGGCAGCAGCGCUAACCACUGCGCCACCGUGCCACCCUCUAUUAAUUCAUUUGAUAUUAAUUGUACAAAUGUGGUUAUUAAAAGGAAAGGCUAAAUAUGGUUGCUAAUAGGAAGUACUUUGUCAUGCCAACCACUCAGCUCUCACCUUAGGCUCAUUUUCAGCCUAAUUAGUGGCAUGCUGUAUUUAUGCAGACCCCUCCCUGUUUUUGUUUCUCUUUAUUUUAGAUUUUGCAACUAUGGUAUUUGGUUAAACAUCUUCCCUCUGUCUUAAUAAAUUCACGAUUCAGCUUUCUGUCCAAACCUCUCUUCAUUCUUUUGCUCUUAUUUUGCUCUUUACAUUAACCCUUUUGUCUGUUUUUAUGUGUGAACUCUGAGACCCUGCUAGGUUAAACAUACCAUAAAUUUACUGGGCUUUCUGUGUACACAUUUAUAAAGUCAUUGUGUUAACUUCCAAGGUCAAAAGCAUUCUGCAUGUCUAUCUUAUAUUAGAAUAGAUUUAAGGAGUGAAGGACCUUCUUGAUGUUCUAUGAAAGGUCCAUAAGUACCAAUAUGAAAAGAUAUUUCAUUUUAUUUAUUAUCAAAAUCUCUCACUAUAGCUCACAUAUGUAGAUGGAAAACCAGUGCGAGUUAGUUUGCUACAGCAUGACACAAUUCAUUUUUUAAAGGGAUAGCUUGAAUUAAAUCCAUUAAUUAAUAUUAAAGGAAAACAAAUGAUUUCCUUAAGAAUUAUAGUGUAAAAUGAAUAGAUUAAACGUUAAUGAAAUAAAUUAUAUACAUUUUUGUCAUUACAGAUAUGAUUAAUCAUUACAGGCCAUAACAUUGAAUAGAAAACAGUGUUGUCAUUAGGUGUAAAACAGAUAAAAUAGCAAAGACAUAUGCAAUGAACAGUUAGUAUACAUUUAGCUUCCCAUCAUUACUGUAGAAUGCCUGAUGAAGAGCAAAUUUUUCUGAAUUUCUGGACAAGAUAUAUUUAUUUUUAAUAACAGUGAACUUGAAGAAUAUGAAGGGGAUUUUCAUCUUUUAUAUUACAGUAUACUUGUAAAGAGUCACACUUUAGGUAUCCAUUAUAAAGACACUAUUGACAGUACUAUAAACAUGUUAUUAACUAUGCUAUUAAGAAUAAUAAAUUAUCAUUAAGACUUUUUGAAAUAUGUUACUUUCAUUUUUCAUUGUUUUAUAUCAUGUUCAAAAAGGCACAUAUUAUUAUAUAAUGCAGACUGGCUAUAGCUGCUUAUGGUGGAUACCCAAACUAUAGUCUUUCUGGUAUACCUCUGAGUAUGUUAUAAAGUACUAAAAUGCUGUACAUCAGUUGUCUGGGAGUUGUUUUGAGUGUUGCACAAUGACUGUAUGCUAUAAAGCAGCUGUCAGUAGACCUCCUUAAUUCUACUGGUGUUAUUCCUUGUACGUUUUUGUUCUUCUAAGGGCCACAGUGACAAUUAACUUAAUUGGGGAGACCAGGCUACCUACAGUAUCCUUAGAAAAAGUUUCCAAAUAAUUCUGGGGAAUUCUCAGGCACUGCCAGGCCACACAAAUGAUAUAAUCCCGCCAGCAUACCCAUGGUGCCAUGGGUCUUCUCUAAAUUGACAGUUCCUGUUGGAGGUACCCACUCUAAACGUACAGGUCACCUUGACUGGCUCAGUCUUGGAGAGAAGGAGAGAAGUAGUGGUACUGCUCUAAGGUCCUCCAUAUUACUGAAAAAAUAUACAAAAAACAAGAAAUGUUUAUUUUAUAUUAGAUUAUAAUUUCAUUUUAUUUUAGUUUAGGUUUGAGUCUUCAAAACACCUGAAUGUUCGUUUGAUCCUGCAAAAAUAUUGUGUGUUGUUAUUAUUAUUUGAAAAAAAUUCAUCCAUCCAUCCAUCCAUUAUCCAACCCGCUAUAUCCUAACUACAGGGUCACGGGGGUCUGCUGGAGCCAAUCCCAGCCAACACAGGGCGCAAAAGGAAUAAUUACCAUACCAGAGUUCAAAUGGGCACACAGUGGUGCAGUGGCAGAUCUGCUGUUUUGCAGUAAGAAGGCUGGGAUUUGAAUCCUUGGUGUUCUCAGUUAUGGAGCUUGUGUGUUUUGUCCAUCUCCAACUCCAGUUUCUUCUGACAUGCAGGUUAGAUGGAUCAGAGAUGUUAAAUUGGCCCCUGGUGCACGUUUGUGUUGGAAUGUGUUCACCCUGCAGUGAACUGCUGCCCAGUUUAGGGAUUGUUCUUGUUACUGAUGCUUGCUGGGAUAUGCUUCAGCUUCCCUGCGAUGCUGCUCUUAAUUUGUGGGCUUGGAAGGUAAAUGGAUGGAUCAAAGCAGAAUGAGCAAGCAAGGGUGCCAUAUAAAAAAAUUAAAAAUCAAUUAGUAAGGUAGAACAGCAAAACCUAGCUUUGUUAUUGAACUGGUAUUAGUUGGUGGUAAUCUAAAGGUUUUACUACCAUUUACCUUUACACUUUUUUUAACUUUAAUCGAAAGCAGCUUACAAUAGAAGUAAACAUAAUAGAGUAACAGGCUAGGGCUUGUUUGUUCAGUAAGUGUAGCAGGACAGGUAGCAAAAGUUGAUUGCCACAAGUGAAAAGAUAUAAUAACUAAUAAAUACUACCACUGAAGAUUUUCAAAUGCAAAUGCUUUCAAAUAUUUUAUACGCAGAUAUUCACAUAGCAGUAAAACGUAUCAUUUUUAAACUAGAAAAUAUUUCACAUUUGAAAAAGACAUUUUAAUAAAAUAGGAAAUACGUACUUGGUCCAAGAUUUUUAUGACAGACAUUUCCUUUGCUAUUUGAAGAUUACAGUUUUUCUAUUUUUUCCUCUUCCUCAUAUAUUAACUACAAUGCAGAACUUAUGAAAGAAACAUACAGCCACAUCCUUCCAUGCAGUAUUUCAUGGCCAGUAGCACUUCUGCUGGACUGAUCCCUCCUUCUGUCCUUUUAUACUAAGAUACUGUCUGGCUGCGCCCUCAAUGCUGGACAAGAUCAAGCUGUUAGAAUAUUUUAUGGCCUUAAACAUAAAAUUCACAAUGAAUGUGAUCCCAUUUCUAGAACAUGCCAUCUUACUACUUAAAGACUUGCUUCAGUGAAGCAAGCCUGUUGUUAACACUACAAAACAGAAGGGCAGGGACAAGAGUGAAAUGUCCGGGGCCAUCAAGAGGAAACCAUUUCUUAUGUCUUCCUUGUCAAAGAACCAUUCUUCAAAAGGUGAAGCACCUUCAAUCAUGGUGAUACAUGCUUUAUAUACAGCAAAUCAUGAAUAAUCAAACAGGUGUGAGGGGUGGGGGCUCUGUCAGCCUAUCAAUCCUGCUGUUUGUAAGGUUUUAUCCAAUUGUGCCACCAAUCUUCUUGAUUGCUCAUUACCACAAAACUCAUUGUAACACAGUCCAUUGGUGUCCAUCAUACUACCAUAUCUCAAAUAUACUGCUAUACUUUCUUUAUUAUUUUAUGUUACAUUUUGUAAAUAUCUUUUUUUAUUGUACUGUUGUUUUGAAGUUAAAUAUUUUCUAAUUGACAGUUUAAAUUCCUCAAAUUGUGAAAAGACCGUGUUCAGCUUUAUCUAAAAACUUUUUCAGAUGCAAACCUGAAUGGUCAAAAAACACUUUCUUCCACUCCUCUUAAAAAAGCAUUCUUUAACAACUCAUUAAGAAUCUGCAAAUACUGUCUUUAUUUUUAAUAAUUUGUACUUUAGCAGGGAGCUCAUAUUUUUUACAACUACGUUUGGUCGAGCUAAGGAUUAACAUACGCAGACAAAAAUCAAAAACUGGAGAUGCUGUGAUGUGUUGUAGAAAUUUGUGAAUGUAUGUUUGUGUCUUAGUUGCUCACGUGGAAAAAUGAGAACUGUCUUUUGAGAUUAAAAGACAGAAUGUAGUACUGAGAUUUACAACUCAAACAUGAUGAGUCAUAACAUGAAUUAUUUAUAGAACAUAUUAGCUUUUUAUGUACUUUUUGUUGGUGUGAAUUUACACAGAUUUGCACACUUCUAAUAAAUGUUUACAUAUUUUGUACACAAUUGUCCCUGUGUAGAAAUAUAUAAAUAUAUCUAUUAUAAAUGAGUCACAAAUACAUUAAGUUGAACUUUUUAUGUCAUGUUUUUCAAGCCAAUAAACAACUAUU